GGCAAUGGUUGCCCGUUGUUUCGUUGGUAGGAGGUGGAUCAACAGUAGUAGAGCAGCGUGGUUGGGUUCAAGUAUCUUGCGCUGUGCACUCAGCACGACAUGACACUUUGCCAGCAAGGGCAACGCCGAGUCUGUUACUUGGAGGAAAUCGACAGGGAGGGAAUGUUAUGAACGGAACCCCGUUAUUAAUGUUGAUUGCAGCAAUCUUUUUCACGAGCCAGAAGGUGAAAGCAAAUCUACUGUUGUAGUUUAGUAGAGUCUUUUUUCCAAUAUCUUCAACUAUUACAAUGUGAAGAAUGUCAUUUCAUCAAAUCAUGAACUUGUAUCUGUCACGACAACCUUCCUCUAAUCCGUCCAAUGCCAAAGCGGACCUGAGUCUUCGGAUCGUUGAGACCCCGUCAAGCGCGCCACUCGACGUCCCAGAGCUGCAGAUAAAUGUCCUUGAGGGAAGAAACUUGAGAUUAAACCUCUCUGAAGAACACUAUCAGCAGUACGAGGAGGAAAAUGAUGAUGGCCAAGAGCUUUAUGAAGGAAAAGGAAGAAUGAGAAUGUGAAUGGUCGAAUAUUUGAAUGGCAACGCUUCAACCAACGUCGCUGUGUAUGAUCAUGAUUACAUGUACAACGUCUACAACGUGCACCUCUCAAGACUCACAAGCUUGUGUAGUUGCAGUACACUUUUAACUACUCGCUGAAAAUGAACACUACAUGUACCUCUACCUCAACAUGAACCUCUCAAGAUUUGAGGCUACUUGGUCUUCAACAACACUUUUGCUUUUCCUUUAUUCUACUCCAGUUCUACUUUUCAUUUUACGCCUCCCUCAUUCCGGAUCAACCCUGUGGUGGAAGUGGAGGUUCCCGGAGUGCCAAAGGACCGGACAGCUGCUCAAUUCGGUACUGGGAAUCCUGUGUGGUCGCGCUCCUUGUCCUUCCCCUUCCUGGUCUCGCCAUGGACUUCGACUGCUACAAUACGGCUUUUGCACGACCGCUCGUCGGAAACGGGGUUGUUUAGUGGAGCGUUUGGCGACAUUGGGGGAGCUGGGGGAAGUGUUUAUGGCAGCGUGUCCAUGUCUUAGCACUUAAGUGCUACUAGAAGUGCGUACUUAGUUGUGGGGAAUCUGGUAGCCGUAGCACGAGCACGAGCACCGUUUCAACUGACAAACUUGAACGAACUUCAACUACGAGCCUAACCUAAUACCCUUGUCCUACAACUAAGCCCUCUAAGAAUCAAUCAAUUUGAUGGCUGGCACUCGGUAAAACGACCUCUAACCUC